ACACAAAACAACAACAUGGCGUCAGAAGUGGGAUUGUACUGGGCAUCAGGCAGUGUUCCGUCCAUGGCCGUCCUCAUCACUCUAGAAGAAAAGGGGAUAGACUACACCAGUAAAGAAGUCUCCUUCGCCGACCUGAAAUCAGACGAAAUCUUGAAACUAAAUCCUCGAGGCCAGGUUCCGAUCUUGUCGCAUGGGGAGCUGCUGAUCACUGAGUCGGUGGCGAUUUGUCUGUAUCUGGAGAAAGUGUUUGAGAGUAAGUCUCUUUUACCGAGUGACAUCGGCCAACAGACAGUGGUCGUACAGCGAAUGCUUCAGGCGCAAACCAUCGGGGUCGGACCAACCUCUAUCUGCUGUGUUAGGGAGGAAGACGGCUCGGAAAAUACGGAUGCUGUUAACCAACAAAAACUGGCGAAGGAGAUCAACAAUUGGGAAGCAUACCUAUCAGAGGGACCGUUCAUUACUGGUGGGGACUUCACCAUGGCGGAUGCUGUGUUCUUCCCUGUCCUGGCCUACCUGGUGUGGGAGGGGUUAGAACUGGGGGGAAGAUAUCCAAAACUAGAACAGUACUACAACAUGGUCCGGGAACGACCAUCUGUGAAAGCAUCAUGGCCGACUUAUUGGAAAUCUCCGUCCGGUAAGGGUCCCGACCGCCAUGAUGUACGCAUCGUGAACCUGGCGCUGGUGUCUAACGUGGACGUCGUGCAUGAGUGUACCGAACCCCCGCCUGUUCUUCCAGUUCUCAGCUUUCAGAAGCUUGAGGCCCGGGCGAGGCACGAGUGCAGUGAGAAGUGGAAAGCCGUGAACCUCAUCGGCAUCGGAGUCAGCCCUGAGGGACAGAAACUCUUCAACGCUAUACACAAAACGAUAAGUGAGACACGAUGGCGAGACAAAGACAUAGUAGUUUUGGACGAUGUUGUCAUAUCUCCGCCCUACGGUCUGGAGAAUUGCAAGGGGAAGGAAGGGCAGGCCCUGGCACAAGUCCGCAAAAUUGUUGAGAAGUACAUAAAGGAACAGCAACUUCCCCAGACAAACUCUUCAUAAAGGCAGCUCUGACCACAGCCAGUACAGUGGGCCAGGACAAGUAUAGCACGUCGGUAGAACGUACUGCACCUGCGCAAAACCCCUAAGGUCUUGUACAUAGCACUUUGGCAGAAUGUAUCAAAUAAGGUCGUAUUCGCAUAUGUAAGGUUAACAUCCCGUCUGUAGUUUCCAAAUGUUGUGUCGGAAAAGAUAUCCUUUGCAACAGGCAAAAUUCUGAUGCAACGUUAACCAAACAUCCUACGAAAACCGUGGAAAAUCAGGGUUUUGCGCAGGUGCAGUACGUUCUCCCGACGUGCUAGCCAAGUCACUUUCCUGGUCACCAUCAAUGUAGGGGUAGAGUUUUUUUCCCAAGUUACUGAACAAUCCGGUCUCUAUCAGUUUCUUUAAGAAAUGGUACACAUGACGUUUUAUUCCAUAGUUGGAUUCUUUCAAUAUUACAUCUUAUGAAUGAUGAAUAUGUCCCAUUUUAGCUUAGAUCAUGGUACAUAAAGAUGUCAACAAGUUUUGUGAUACUCAGUUCAGAAAUGUUGGGUAAAAAGACAACCUUAGUUGUGGAAAGUUAGAAUAUCUUGCUUUUUUGCCCUCACAAUUAUCAAUUCCUACAAUUGCAGACUCUCUUUCUCCCUUAUAGUGACAAACAUAUUUUAGUUGCAAGCAUAGAACACAUGCAUAGACCAAUUUACAAACACAGAGAUGUAUUAUGUACUCUUUCCAAGUCAUACUUUUGUUACCCUUUGAUCUCUGACCCUUGACAUCUUGCUAUCAUCCUGAUGACCUUGUUCAGCAAAAAGCACAGUAUGUCAGUUGGUCCUACAUUGACUUGAUUCAUACACAUUGUACAUGUAUUUUGUUCAGGACAUUUUCUCUUUUGCUCAGUAUCUAACAUAGGGAACAUUUUCUUUCACUGUUAACUAUGUAUAAAGCAGUUGUCUUGAACAUAUUAUACUUUCCAACAGCUACAUGUAAUUUUGGGUCAUUUGAAUCACAAUUCUCAUUAAAAAAAAAAGAAAAAAAGGGGAAAGCUAUUUGACUAUCUGCCAAGCAUUAGGAACUUGUAUGAAGAUAUUCACCCUUUGGGUAUUUUGUUUAUACAAUGUUUUACUGAAAAUGAUGAAUAAAACUUUUAUUAAGUUCCCUGUAA